UGUCCUGCGCGAGUAUCCGUACUAGAACACGGAAGCUGAAGCUUGGAGACGCUACACCAUGACGUUCACCUAAAUUAUGUCGCGUUUAACGUGUGCUAACGCUUUUACUCAUUCCACGUAGCUUCUAUAUAACGAACCAGCUAAAAAUGAAGGUUUCAAACAAGCUACCGUUAGGUUAGCAGUUGUAUUUAUGGUGUUUUAAGCGAGGGUUGUCGUUAGCUAACUGGCUUGCUAGCUAAGUGGCUAACGAAUGAAAACCCAUACAAAUUUAGUUGAUUACUUUUAGCUUGUAACAUGGUUCAAAACAUGUUCCGGACCGGUUUCCUGGUUCGGGCAACACACACCGUGUUGACCUGGCUCAUAACGCUGAUUCUGUUUGUGCACAACACCGAUUUGCGCCAAUGUGAGGAGCGCGGCGAGCUGACGGUUCCUGUGCUGUUCUUCCUGCUGGUGGUGUUGUCGGUGCUGUUGUACUUUGUCGUGUCUCUCAUGGACCCUGGCUUUGUCCUCACCGACAUUGUCAAGCCUGCAGAUCUGGAAACCGAGUCCAUGAUGCCUCAGACUUCCACUUGCCGUCUGCGGCGUUGUGGCUUUUGCAUGCUGCAGCAGCCAAUGAGAGCCAAGCACUGUCCAACGUGCUCUCGCUGCGUACGUCGCUUCGACCACCACUGCCCGUGGAUCGAGAAUUGCGUGGGUGAGCGCAAUCACCGCUGGUUCGUGCUCUACCUGAUGGUGCAGUUGCUGACUCUGCUCUGGGCGCUACAGGUCGCUAUCUCGGGCAUUUCUCCCAGUCCCACUUGGGAGUCGUGGUUCCGCUCCAACGGCUUUCUCUUGGCAGCGCUGUGCGUAGUGGGCGUGUUCUCGGCGGUGGUGUCGGUGCUGCUGGGCUGCCACAUCUACCUGGUGGCCAUCAACUGCACCACUUGGGAGUUUAUGUCCCGCCACCGCAUCGCAUACCUGAGGGAGUGCGGCGAUGACGACAGCCCCUUCGACCGCGGCGUCCUCUGCAACUUGUGGGACUUCUUCUGCGUGUGCGGAGCCGUGACCUGGGAGCAGGUCUACCACAGGAAACCCCAGAAUCCCGUUUGAGCGCCCUCAAGUCCAGAGCCGGGACUCCGGGAUGCUCACGACUUUAACGACUAGAGAUUCUCACGUUACUUUUAUUCGAAAGCACAGUGCAGGUUCUGGCCUACCUGAAUCGGCCAGCUCAAUCAGACACGAAGUAGUCGUUCAGGCCAGCUGGAUGAAGUCAGAGUUGGUUCCUCUUGUUACGUGAACCUUAUUUUCAAACCCAACACACAUUCUGAUAAAACUGAAGUCAGCAGUUCAAUUACACAGGAACUGUAUCGAGCAAACAGGAAGUAGCCGAACCCAGGAGGAAGUAGAUGAACCAAACAGGAAGUACACAGGAGCAGCAGGAUUGAUCACUUGUGAAGCGCUUUUCUACCUUUGGUACUCAAAGUGCUUCACACUGCUUCCUUGUAAACUUGAUGAUGAUAUGCCAUCGGGAGCAACCGGGGGUUCAGUGACUCACUCAAAGACACUUCGGCAUGGUCACAAUGGCCGCGGUUGGGAGGCCACGGCUCUACGGCUGAGCCAUGCUGCCCCAGAAGUAGAUGAACAAGACACGCCAGUCAGAGACCAAGCAGUAAGUGUGUGUAUGUAUUUAUUGAGGACAAGACGCCCAAAAAACAAUGAGGUUGUGUUGUCGUUUACAGUCAUUUGUUUAUUCACACAUGUAGCAUUAAUAGCAGUUUAUAACAGUCAGCUAGGUUCCUUCCCGUGUUACCCCUUUUUUUUUUUUGGCAUACCGAGACCAUCACGAGGAAUGUCGACAUUUGACAUAUUUGAAAUUUGAGCAUGUCAGCUGUGUACUCUGAUGAUUAAAUGACUUUCUAGUUUGCAGUAUGGCUCUAUUAGCAUUUCUAUGGCUUUUUUAAUUGCUAUUUUGAAACAAAGCUAACCAGGUACCAUGCAGGAGUCAUGGGAGUCAUCCUGUGCGGUCACGGCAGUGGGCGGCACUCAUCACAGUCAAGCGGUGACAGGAAGUGGCUCGGGGAUCGCUUGGUCGCCUGCAAAUAAGGGUCAACCAUGCAAGGCGCAGAAGUCAAAGUCGGCAAAGGCCUCUUGCUGCUGGGCCGAGAGGCUGCCGGGUGUGGAGGGCGGAGAUAAGACGGGCUGAAGGCGUGUGAAGUCGCUGUCGAAGUUGCUGACGUCCGCCGACGUCUUCAGGGACGGCAGGAAGGGCGGCGACACUUGCUUGGCUAGGAGGGCAUCCCAGUCCACGUCCUGGAGGUCACCAUGCAGUCAAAAUCAUCAAAUCGUCUGGCGGAAGCGAGGGCGGAUACGUCACAUCGUCGUUGACGAUGCUGUCAAACACUUCCUCCUCAUCCUCACCCAGAAAUGGCGACUUGCGGAGAGACACCAUGACCAAAAAUAUA